CCCACCUUCCGGCCUGCGCCACUGCCGCUGCUGUGGAAACCUCCACUGGUUCUCUGAGUCGAUUGUUACCAUGGCUGCUGAGUCUGAGGUUCUGCACUUCCAGUUUGAACAACAAGGAGAUGUGGUCCUGCAAAAAAUGAAUCUCUUGAGACAGCAGAAUUUAUUCUGUGAUGUAUCAAUUUAUAUUAAUGAUACUGAAUUCCAGGGACACAAGGUGAUUUUAGCUGCUUGCUCCACCUUCAUGAGAGAUCAAUUUUUACUCACACAGUCAAAACAUGUCAGAAUCACCAUUCUGCAGAGUGCAGAAGUUGGCAGAAAAUUAUUGCUCUCUUGCUAUACUGGAGCACUUGAAGUUAAAAGGAAGGAACUUUUGAAAUAUUUGACUGCUGCCAGUUACCUUCAGAUGGUGCACAUUGUGGAAAAGUGCACAGAAGCUUUGUCAAAGUACCUGGAAAUUGAUCUUUCAAUGAAAAAUAACUGUCAGCACACUGACCUGUGUCAGUCUUCUGACCUGGAUGUUAAGAACGAAGAAGAAAAUUCUGAUAGAGAUUGUGAGAUAAUUGAAAUUUCAGAAGAUAGUCCUGUAAACAUAGGUCUCCAUGUCAAAGAAGAGGAAAGCAGUUUAUUACAGUCCACAGUAGAGAGCUUGACAUCAGAGAGAAAAGAAAUGAAUUCACCAGAUCUCUCUACUGUAGAUAUAGGUUUUAAAGAAAAUGAAAUUUGUAUUCUCCAGGUUGAGUCUAUGAGUACACCUGGCGUUGAAAAUGGGCAGUUUCCACAGCCUUGUACCUCAUCAGAAGCAAAUAUGUAUUUCUCAGAAACACAGCAUUCACUGAUCAAUUCUACAGUUGAAAGCAGAGUGGCAGAUAUUCCUGGAAAUCAAAGUCAAGGCUUAUUUUGUGAGAAUACUGAUGGAAGUCAUGGUACAGUGAAUGAGAUACAGAAUCUGGAAGAGAGUUAUUCACUGAGGCACCAGUGUCCCAGGUGUCCUCGUGGCUUUCUUCAUGUUGAAAACUAUCUGCGUCACCUUAAGAUGCAUAAACUCUUCUUGUGCUUACAGUGUGGAAAAACAUUUACACAGAAGAAAAAUCUCAACCGACACAUUCGAGGGCACAUGGGCAUACGGCCUUUUCAGUGUUCUGUGUGCUUGAAGACCUUUACGGCUAAAAGCACACUUCAGGACCACUUGAACAUACACAGUGGUGAUCGACCAUACAAAUGCCACUGUUGUGAUAUGGAUUUCAAGCACAAGUCUGCCCUCAAAAAGCAUUUAACCUCUGUCCAUGGCAGGAGCAGUGGUGAAAAACUACCUAGACCUGAUCUCAAAAGGCAAAAUCUACUAUAAUUGAUAUUAUGGACUUGCUUUGUAAACCAUGUAUCAUUUUGUUAGGCAAAUCUUUCUGUAUAAAUGGCAGUGCUUGUACUGUUGAACUCCCCCGCCACCCAUUUUUAUGUUUUAUUUUUCUUCUCCCUUACACUUAGGAUUCUUCCUGAAUGUCUAAGAGUUCCAAAGUGGUAGGAAGAGGCAUAACAAAUUUAAUGGGAUUCUGUCUUUAUAUAUAUAUAUAUAUAUAUAUAUAUAUAUAUGUAUAUGUAUAUGUAUAUGUAUAUGUGUAUGUAUGUAUCUGUCCCAGAAGUAUACCCAGAUAAAUAGUGUUCUGAUCUUAGUAACAAGAUCCAGCAAUAUUUGCAGUAUCUGACAUAUAUUCUAAACCAUUGAUUUAAGUUAAAUACAACCAUAUAAUUAUUCUGGAAUUAGGAUGACAGCAAAAGAAGAUCAGUUUAAAAACACUACCCAUAACUAGAUACUUGAAGAGAUAGGACUAGCAAAUUUUUAACAGUCUAUGCUCUUGUUCUUGAAAAUAUUUGUUUUAAACUCUAAAGGAACUCAAUUCAGAUUAAAUACUUCAUAGCCAUACUUUAGAAUAAUUAGGCCAUUUUCUUGGUUGUGUUUAAUAUGGCUAAUAAUUGUGUGGCCAAUACAGUUAUACCAGUGACAUAAGCUGUGAAAAACUCUUAGAAAUUCCAGCUUUAUCAAAGAUACUUGUUCUGUUCUUCAAAGCCUUUUUGUUCUAUAUUUUGGCUAACAUAGUAAAAGUCUUUGGGAAUAUAGUUCUAUGUAUGUAUAGGUUUAUGUAUCCCCACUGCAUUUGGGAUACUUAAAGUUCUAUCCCCCAAAACUCUAUGCUACCUUAUCUCUUUGUACUCUACCGACCUCCUUGCUCUAAAUUAUAACAGUACUUUUUUCACCAUAAUGUUUUUCUUUUCAUUCAGCAUGAGUCUUUAAGAUUCAUUCAUGUAUUUAUCAGUAGUUCAUUUGCAUUUUUAUUUUUGCUUUUAUUUUAAGGCAGGGUUUCUUUAUGUAGCUCAGACUAACCUUACACUCAAGAUGCUUCUGCCUCAACCUCUCCAGUGCUAGAUUAUAGGUGAGCAUCAUUAUGACCUAACCUUGCAUUAUUUCGAAUUACCAAUUUGUAUUAGUUGCUGCUAUCAACACAUGAACAGCUAAAAUGUUGGUAGCUACUCCUGUUAUAGUUUCUCAUUUAGAUACUGUGUAUUGACAAAAAUUUUAAGUAGCCCUGGGUUUUAUUUGGCAUUUCUAGAAAAGCCAAACCAAAACUAUGAAUGUAACUUAGUGACUAAUAUUUUAGAUUGUGUUCUGAGACAUUGCUCUCUAAUGCCUGAAAUACAAUAUAACACAAAAUUUUUGUUAUAAUAAAGAUCAAACUAUGUUGCAAGGCAAAUCAUCUCUUCUAAACACAGGCAUUACUUUUGUAGAGAAGCCUGGAUACAUCUUAUUACAAGCUUUCUAUUCCUUCUCUACUCAUCUCAACUUUAUUUAGGAUUUCUACAGUUCUUAGUAUUUUGACAUCUGUGUUUCAGAAUGUAAUUUUUACCUUGUAAGAAUAUUGUGAAGGAUAUUAUAACUUUUUAAUUGUUAUUUUAGUAGUUGUACAGAAGACUUAGCAUUCAACACAUGAGUUUUAUGAAUGUACUGCAUCUUGAUCAAUAUCACUUAUAUUUCAUCAUUCUCCUUCCAACCUAACUCCUUCCUUCAAUUUUUUUUAAUUUCGUAGGAUAUUCAUUGAAUAUUAUAGUUGUAUUUUCUACCCUUGCCUUCAUCUACCCUCCUCACAUGCCUUUAAAGUUUCAAUUUCCUGGUAUUCAUUUUGUUGGAUUGUGAGGAAUUACACUCUGUGAAUUCUACCCUCAAAUACCGUACUUUGGUUAAUACAUCUGUGUACACUUGCAUACAACUGUGUAU